GCGCCGAACGUCUGGUGCUGGGUGGUUAGUGAUGCGCGAUCGUUCGCCCGGUGGCUGCGCUCCAUCGCGACGCCUCUGCGUCCUGUGCGCUCUGGUGACGGUGACCGUUUCGCUGGCCAGUCUGUUUCUUGUGUAUUCGUACGAUGUCAGCGUCACGGUGUCACUUCCUACCAGGAUCUUCCGCGAUAAUGAAGAGUUGCAACAGCAAGGACAGAAGCUUCUUUCCGCUCUCCGAUCAACUGGUGAUGGUGAUGAGGUAGCGAAAGGAUUUCAGUUCACGUACACAACGAUCGGAUUGGACCGUCGGUUCCCAGUGCCACCGGGUGAUAUGGGCCAGCCGGUUCAAGUGAAUCUCACCGACAGUGCGAUCGCCACGAUGGUUGCCGAGGGUAUGGCGAAGCAGGGCUUCAAUCAGUACUCCUCCGAUCUGAUGUCACUCCGUCGUCGAUUGCCGGAAAUUCGAGAUCCGUGGUGCCGAGAGCCGGGCCGCUUUCUGGCCCACCUUCCACCGACCUCGAUCGUGAUCGUGUUCUACAACGAAGCGUGGUCGGUGGUGCUACGGACGAUCCAUUCCGUGCUCGAUCGCUCACCGGCCGAUCUGGUGCGUGAGAUUGUGCUAGUCGAUGAUUGUUCCACGCUGCCAAACCUAAAAGCGCAACUGGAUGAGUAUCUGCGGCCGUACGGCAAAGUGCGCGUCAUUCGUGCCCCGACACGCUUGGGGUUGAUAAGGGCAAGGAUAUUUGGGGCGCAGAAUACAACCUCCGAGGUGAUUACGUUCCUUGAUGCACACGUCGAGUGUACGGUAGGUUGGCUGGAGGCGCUGCUCGAUGUGGUGGCACGGAACGACACCACAAUCGCCAUUCCGACGAUUGAUUGGAUCGAUGAGAAGAGUAUGGCGCUGGUGGCGAACAAAUCAAUCUCAUACAUCGGUGCUUACGAUUGGGAUCUCAACUUUGGCUGGUGGGGCCGCUGGUCCAUGAAGAAAAAGUAUGAAAACAAGAUGGUCCCGUUCGACACUCCAGCGAUGGCCGGUGGACUGUUCACGAUCAAUCGAACAUUCUUCGAGAAGCUCGGUUGGUACGAUGAAGGUUUUGAUAUUUACGGCAUCGAAAACAUUGAACUAUCGAUGAAGAGCUGGAUGUGCGGUGGUAAAAUGGUGACCGUGCCCUGUUCCCGUGUGGCCCACAUCCAAAAGGCUGGCCAUCCGUAUCUGCGGAACGAAAAGAAGGACGUGGUGCGUGCGAACUCGAUCCGUUUAGCCGAGGUGUGGAUGGAUGAGUACAAGCACGUGAUCUUCGACAUCCACGGUAUUCCGCACUACCUGGAGGAGGAAUUCGGUUCCGUCGAAAGCCGCAAGAGGAUUCGAGAGCGUGCCGGGUGUCGUAGUUUCCGUUAUUACAUCGAGAAUGCGUUCCCCGAGAUGCGCAACCCUGGUGUUGUCGGAGCAUUCCGCGGAGAGGUGCACAGUGUCGUGCUAGGAGCGGCCAGCUGUCUCGAGUUUAGGGCUUCCGAUGGUUUCCUAGGAAUGGCACCGUGUAAUGGCAAGCAACGGAACCAAUUCUGGACCCACAACUACUACGAGGAGUUGAACAGUUAUCGGCAUUGUAUCGAUUUUACUGGGAGCGCUCUGGGAGUGUUUGGAUGCCAUCGAUCGCGCGGUAACCAAGCCUGGCGUGUACUGGAGCACACGGGACAGAUCCAGAGUGUUAAGCAUCAGCAGUGUCUAGCGCUGAAUCUUCUCACGAACGUGACACUCACGAUGGAACAGUGUGACGAUAAGCGUGCUGCUCAACGUUGGACCCUCAACUAUAUCCGUUAUGAUCUGACGCCAUUCCAAGCGAAAGUUUGACGUGGCAUGAACGAACGAAGUUAGUGAUUCUUGCAGCUGCGAGCAUCCAUCAACGAGUGCGUCGUUCCCCCUCUUGGACGCCUAUUAAUUAAUCCGUAAAGCUAUCUCCGUCCGGGUAGUGUGCCGGUUAUCGCGCCAGCGAUAAGACAACAAUCGUGCAGCACACGUUUUCCGUCGGGGAUUUACGAGCUUACGACCUCGAUCGGGUCGUUCCGGACGCUGAAAGUUGUAAAGCAACUCGUUAUCGAUGUUUCAAUUCUCAAACUGAGUGACAUCUUUCGUGGGAAAUGCAUCUUAUGUAGAAAUAAAUCCGUGUUUACCUUAACAAAACAGUAAAAGUACUUAAGAUUUAAG